AUGCCAUUGGCGUCCACGGAAAGCGCAGCACCCCCAGAGAGCGACCGCAUCUGGCGGGAGUGCGGCAACUCGGGGAACGGCGUUCGUCUUUUCGGUAGCGCGAGGGAAGGCGGGGGAGCCCAUGAGGCGGUCGAGGUGGACCUGGGCAAGGUUAGUCCACUCAGCACGAAGGAUUCGUCGUACCAGUCGCUCGUGGGCAAAGGGGUAGCUGCGAGCGAUGGCGACGACACGCGCGCUAAGGAGAGUGGCUGCGGUGUACGUACAGGGAACGGGGAGCGGGAGGUUUCGGCAGAUCAGCCCAGCGACACUCAAGAACCGGUGAAACUUCGCAUCGUCCACUUCAACGACGUGUACAAUGUGUUCUCCAUUUCUGGGGGUCUCGGCGGCGGCGCGGCGCCGUUCUGCACGGGGCUCCGCGAGAAAAGGGGUCCCGACGGUCUCGUGCUUUUCAGCGGCGACAUAUUCAGCCCGUCGCCUUUGUCUGAAGCAUCCAAGGGGCGGCAGAUGGCUGAGUUGCUCAACUACCUCGACGUGCACACGUCGUGCUACGGGAACCACGACUUGGAUUUUGGCUGGGAGUGGCUGGAGCUCUUGGCGGGAACGACCAAGUGCAAGUGGGUGAUGAGCAACGCGCGGUCGAAGAUCGGCGGAGGGGUUCUCGCGAAUGCGCAGCGGUACCGCAUCUUCGAAUGGGGCACGACUCAGCGCGUGGUCGUCGGGAUCAUGGCUUUGAUCGAGGAAGACUGGAUCGACACGUUGAACGCGCCAGACCAGGAAGAAAUCGUCUACCAAGACUUCGUGGAGGCGGGACGGGAAAUGGUCGCGCUUUUCAGGCGGCGCGGGUGCGACCUCGUGAUCGCGUUGACCCACAUGCGGUGGAACAACGACGAGAAGCUCGCGCGCGAAGUCGAUGGAAUCGACCUCAUUCUUGGCGGCCACGACCACGCCUACGUCACGAAGCUGGUCAACGGCACAGCCGUGAUCAAAAGUGGCUCGGACUUUCGAGAGUUCUCGGCCAUCACGCUGACUCCGAAGCUCCACCUGCGCGAGCAAGGCACAUCGCACGCGACCGGCUUCUCUGCGGACCACGACUCGCUGGCGGCAGACGGAAAAAACGGAUAUCCCGUGGCGUUCUCGGGCUCGACAGGUGGAGUCGCAGAAGUCGACGGCCUGUGCAGGCAGCACGGGGAUUCAAGCCACGCUGUCAAACGUGCAGGAGUGUGUGAGUGUCUCGGGAGAACGCAGCCUGUGAGACAGACGAAGCCCGAAGUCGUCGAAGGAAUCCACACAGAGGAAACGCAGCCAGCGAAGCUAUGGAGCAGCGGGCGUUGGUGGCUUUCGUGUGAAAAAGUUUGUGUCUCGGCGGACCGGUUUGAGGCCGACGACAGCGUGAUGGAGAUGCUCGUGAGGUAUCAGACCACGUACGGGAACUCACAAGGGUGUGUGCUCGGUGCGUUUCCUGUGCUGCUGGAGACGCGUUUCUGCGAGGUUCGGACCCGCGAGUGCAACAGCGGCAAUUGGCUGGCCGACCUCAUGCGCGAGUAUUACGGGGUAGACGUCGCGCUGUACAACUCGGGGGGAAUCCGGUCCGACUGCGUGUUCGCGGAAGGGGAAGUCGUAACUUCCGAGACUCUCCACGCGAUUCUGUCGGGGACUCGCCAACUGGACGUCAUCGCUGUUCCAGGGAAUCUCUUCAAGUCGAUCCUAGAAACCAGUGUGAGUCGCUGGCCGCAGCUGGAGGGGCGGUUUCUCCAGGUGUCUGGGUUGCGUUUCGUUUUCGAGGGUUCUGCACGCGUCGGUGAGCGCGUCCUCGCGGACGAAAUCCAGUUUCGCAACCGCGAAACUGGGGACUGGGAGCCUCUCGUCCCUGACAGAGUCUACUCUGUGGCGACGGCCACCUUCCUCGCGCGCGGAGGGGAUGGUCUGUCUGUGUUGGUGGACUGCCCCCCCCUCGACACGCCGCAGCGGAACAUUCGCGACCUGUCGGAGCUUGCGCGCCUCUGGUUCUGCAGACAACACAGGAAGUGUGGCUUCGAAGACGUCGAAGAAAUCCCCCCACGCGAGUGCGAGUGGAUAGAUCGGGUCCACAUGCGGGACGAAAACUACCCAGAGUGGAGAAUCCGGAGAAUCUAGGAAGCCCCCGUGUCUUUUUUUCCGUCGGGGACGGGAACGGUGUUUUCAUUUGCCGACGAAAAGAACAUCUGAACACACAACGCCGUCGUCAAGGUGUCUUUUUGCCUCACGAAAGGCUUGACGUGGCUCAGGUUUCGGUCAUGCAAAGGCUACGCUUGAUGGCAGUGAAAGGUGGCCUUGAUCGAAAGCGACUCACCCUCAGAUUCGCAAGGACCCGGCAACGCGUGCUUUUAGAAGCGCUUGCACAUGCGACUCAACUCGAGCAACUUCGAAAGGAGUGGCGCCGCGCCGCCGCGUGUGGAUUGCUGUCCUUUUCCUGCUUUUUUUUGGUGCGCUGGUGCAUCUUCGUCCUGCUGUCCCGUCGCUGGAGUGUUCCUUCGCAUGACUUUUGCAGUUUCGUUCGAAGGUGCACAUUUCAGGCAAACGGCCAAUUCGCGCGGGCUGUACGCGUCUGACUUUUUAGUGCCGUGAGGCAUUGCAGGUUGCCUUCACGUCUUCCAGUAGUACGGAGCAACGCGUUAUGUGCAAGACAGUAGACUCAACUGUCUGACUGGAACGUACCACCUUGCGUGCAGGUGCAACUUGAGCGGUAUAUUUAGAAACGAGCAAGCAAUUCCUCUCGACACCUUCCGACUCACAGAGGGAUGCUGCCUUUCGGGAUUUUUUGAUGGCUGGCAGCCUUUCUUCGAUUCCCUUGUAACCGGUUUUGCAGGCAGAUUGCUGUUCUUUGUAUACAGUCGAGGGAAUGGUGUAUUAGCGGGUGAACUUAGGUAUGGUUUCGUCUGCUGCGGGUUGCCCAACUUCAGUCUUCCCUGCAGCGCCGAAGCCCUGUUACUGCAAUGUACACGUCUCGUUAGUAAGGGUUUGAUUUUCAGAUCGGAAGCCGUGGUUUUGCCGAAGGUGCGCCUUUUUCAAACGGUAUCGCACUGUUUUGAGACGAAUCGUGGGAUUAUCGCUACCCUCGCGUCUCUACAUUGGGUGAAACAGAAUGUUUCUUUUUGCUGCCGUUAACGCACCAGGAUGUUUCCUGCAUUGUGCAACACGCCUUUAAAGACACCCGAAACCUGGACUGCGAUCUGGACUCAAUACCCCGACGU